AUGAAGGCACAACAAGAUCGGAAUGAUAACUUGACACUGAGAGCCGAGAAUGAAAGACUGAAGAAUGAGAAUUUGCAGCUACAAGCUGCCAUACAAGCAUUGAUAUGCCCAAAUUGUAAUAAUAUGGGUUACGAUGAACAACUUCAACUUGAGAAUGUGCAACUCAAAAUAGAGUUACACAGAGUGAGUUACUUUGGUAUAACAUCAAGCCAGCAUAUUCAAACAGUGGAAGGAACAGAAGCGAUAUUGGCCCCUUCACUUCCUCCUUCCUCAACAAUUCUUUUCCAGGAGCAACAAAUAGACAACUCCAAGGACGUGGUCAACCAAGCCCCUUUGGUAACAAAAAACUUCUCCCAAUUCGUUGGCGACUGUCUAUUUGUGGAAGGAAACAAAUCCAUUGUAUUGGGCCUUGCAAUGUCAUCCAUGGAGGAACUGAUGAAUAUGUGUCAGGCAACUGAACCUCUUUGGAUUAGAUUUGAGGGUAGCAAAAAAGAAGUGUUGAAUGGUGAAGAGCAUGCGAGGAUGUUUCAAUGGCCAUUGAAGUUUCAGCAAGAUAGAGGCAGUGAGUUUAUUGUGGAAGCCUCUCGACACAUUGCUGUUGUCGCCAUCAGUAGCUUCAUGUUGGUUGAUGCUUUCCUUGACGUCAAGAAGUGGGUGAAGCUCUUCCCCUCCAUUGUCUCUAGAGCAACAACUCUUCAAGUGGUCAAUUCAGGCAUUUUGGGACAUGCAAGCGGCUCCCUUCAUAUUAUGUGCGCAGAGCUACAAUUUCCAUCUCCUCUAGUUCCUACAAGAGAAGCUCUAUUUCUUUGUUACUGCCAACUAAACAAGGAGGAGAGGACUUGGGUUAUUGUUGAUUUUCCAUUUGAAAGCAUGGAUGGAAGUUGCCAACCUUCCUCCCCUAGAUACAAGAGAAGACCUUCUGGUUGCAUCAUCAAGGACUUGCCAAAUGGAUGCUUUAAGGUCACUUCGGCAGAACAAGCAGAGGUUGAGUACACACCAAUCCAUAAGAUUUUUCACCUUCUCAUCAAUAGCGGAAGGGCAUUUGAAGCUCAACAUUGGCUAGUUGUCUUGCAAAGACAAUCUGAGAGGCUUGCAAGCCUUGUGGCUACUAAUGUAUCAAAUCUUGGAGGGAUGCAAAUAACCGAAGCAAGGAAGAAACUGAUGAAUCUUGCAGAGAGGAUGACAAAAACUUUAUUUGUGAAUAUGAGUAGUUCUUGUGGUCAAACAUGGAUGGCCCUUUCGGAUUGUGCUGAUCACACUAUUAGAAUCACCACGAGAAGCAUCACGGAGCCUUGCCAGACCAUUGGUUUGAUUCUCGCUGUUGCAUCCACUUCUUGGCUUCCAUAUUCAACUUUUCUCGCUUUCAAUCUAGUCAAAGAUGAGCAUUGUAAGGCUCUGCAGCUAGAUGUUCUUUCAAAUGUGACUUCUUUGCAAGAGGUGGUUCACAUUGCUAGUGGCUCACAUCCAGGAAAUUGUGUCUCUCUUUUUCGCAUUAAUGUAAGUAUGCAUACAUUCCUUUUGAACACAAGCACAAAAUUCAUUCUACAAGAGAGCAGCAUUAGCGAUACCAGUGGUGUAGUGGUGUUUUAUACCCUUAACAUUGACUCUCUCCAACUUGCCAUGAGCAACCAAGACCAAUCCUGCAUUCCUCUACUUCCACUAGGAUUCAUCAUACAUCCCAUGGGAGCACUACUUGUAAAUGACUACUCUAUCAUCAGUGAAGUCAAUGGUGUGCCUAAUUCAGACUUUGAAAGCUUGCCAGGACAAGGUUGUUUACUAACUGUCGGGCUACAAGUUUUGGUUAGCACCAACGCAACUGAAAAGCUUGAGUACUCUGACAUUAUCGCGAUCAGCAAGCCCUUGUGUGACAUAGUCCACAAAAUUAAUACUAACAGUGAUAGAGGAGGAGAUGAUGGUGCUGGUUAA